AACGCCUGCUUUAGCCAGAGUUCACUCGUGUUUCGGGUCGUCCACUUGAGCAAAUAUCACAGAGUCAUUGUGUUUGUCGUAAUGGCUUCCAUAUUUUUAAACACUCCCAGUGAACACUGCGUCUUAUUCUGGCAUCUCACACGGUUUCUUGUGUCACUAAAGUUCAUGGAAAUAGUUAUCGCAAAAAGCCCCCGAAACAAACGUGACGUUCACUAAAUAUAAAUACAACGGUUACAAAAUGAUAUGCAUCUCUUAAUGAAGUUGACUCCUCCAUAUUGUUUUUCUACUCUAGUCUUUAGCAAAAUAUUAGUGUUUUUACACCAGUAUUUUUCAACCUUUUUUGAGCCAAGGCACAUUUUUUUCCAUAAAAAAAAAAAUUGUGAGGCACACCACCAGCAGAAUAUAUAACAUUUAACUCAGCAGCCGAUAUUAACAGUGAAAAGUCGUUCUCGCAGUUGUUGGAUAUCAAAUCAUAACUGUAGUGGAAUUUCUGACCUUUUGAACCAUAGUUUGUGUCUGUCGAAGUCCGAAAAGAGAACGAGGUCGAAAAGCAUUAAGAAUGUCUGCUCGUUUCUCUUUUUUCUAUUCUGUGCCAUUGAAGGAGCAUAUGUGGGAGAGAGUUGAAUAUAUGGUCGGUCUGACCAUUCUACAAAAUGUUUUGAUUGUUUAUUAUGGCUAAAGGAUUCAAGGAGGUUGCAGAAUAAACAGGUCCAAAACAACGGGACCUUGACACAUGAGGAAAACACAUAAAUGGCCAAGUAGACCCAGCCUAUGUAUGAUUCGGAUGAUUCUCGAUUCAUCCAACGUCUCCGGAGGACGUUGUCCAAUCCAACCUUGUAAUAUUUGAUUAUGGCAACAUGAACAUAGACUAUAAAUGCUCAUAGCAGCACAACAGUGGGAUGGCAACCACUGAGGAUGUGAGCAUGUCCACGGAGCAGGUGGUGAUGGUGAAGACGGAUGGUGAGGCUGAUGAUCUGAAUAAAACCCAAGUCAUCCUCCAGCUCCAGUCCCUUACGGCUGGAGAUGAGACUGCUGAAAUAAAUGCAUCUGUCAUGACUGAUGAAACACAUCCAGAAGAUGCUGAGGAAGUAGAUGUUGAAGAUGGCUGCCCUAUAACAUGCGGUGACAGUAAAGCCAUGUUGCUGGUGAAGAAGUUUGUAUGCCCAGGAAUCAAUGUAAAAUGUGUAAAGUAUGAAGAUCAGCUGAUCAGUCCGAAGCAGUUUGUACACAUUUCUGGAAAGGCUACACUGAAAGACUGGAAACGAGCAAUCCGAAUGGGCGGCGUCAUGUUAAGGAAAAUAAUGGAUUCAGGCCAGCUUGACUUCUAUCAACACAGUACGUUGUGUACAAACACUUGUCGAAGCACCAAGUUUGACCUCCUAAUCAACAACACACGGUUCCCACCUGACAGCAGUGGACUCACAUCUUCUCCGGCUCAGGAGUCCUUGGAAGCGAAGACUGGAGGUGACAAUACAACCGUGAAGCCAGUCGAAAAGGCCAACUGGGUUUCAAGUUCAUUGGACUCCGCAAACAAGGACUCUCCGGAACUCUCAGAGGAAACACUGAACUUUUGGAUAGGAAUUGCUGAUGUGGGUUUGCUGGGAGAAGUGGUGGCCAAAAUCAGCAGUGAGUUGCUGGAGCUGUUGAAGAAUAUGCCGUUGGUCAAGGAGUCAGCUUUCUUACAGGACACAGAGAUCGCAGUGCUUAGUAAUCUUGGUCAGGUGUUUGGACUGCUGGAUACGGUCAAGAAGAUGCUGGAGAAGAGGAGGCAGCAGACUGAUCCCAACCAGGAGAACAUUCUCAGCAUCCUCAGCAACUUGGACCUGCAGUUGGUGGAACAGCAAAAGCAGCAACAGGUUCAAUCUCUUCUCACAUGCCCACAGCUGCCUGCCAAAAGCGGAAGUGCCACCAAACGUCCGACAAAGAGACCUCGUUUGCAGAGGCCCAUAACUAACGCCACCAUCCUGACGUCCAGCUGUAACGAUCAGACUGCCGUGACAACGCCGCAGUUCACCAUUCUGUCCCCGAUCUCAUUAUCCUCGCUAUGUCAGCCAUUCACUGUGGCGGACUUACCCAUCGCCUCCUUAGCCCAGACGUCCAACACCGUCACGCUGUUCCCCACCGGCUCACAGCUCUUCACGCGUUACAUGGUGACCGGGGAUGGAAAAGCGGACAGUAUUGCCUUGCACACGUCUCCUGGCCUCACGCUGGUGGACGCCAGCUCUAUGCAGGACUCCGGACAUUUAAGUACGUUAGUAAGUCCUGUAGAGCUGGUACAUCUCAGCCAGCAGACUGUGGAUGGCGACGCGCUGCCUUUGGAGGGGCAGGUGGUGGACGGCACCAUGUUGAUGCAACAGGAGUUGAUGCAGGGGGAGGUGGAGACCAACCAGGAGCACACGGUCAUAGAGAUCAACCCACCUCAAGUAGAAGAAACAAUAGGCGUCAUGGAGCUACAGUUGACUGAUGAGUCGGGUGGAGAUGAGUCUGGAUUCAUGGUAAAGACCAGGAUGGAGAUCACAAUCGAUGAGGCGGAAGAGACGCCAUGUCAAAUGCAGGUUGCAGAGGCACAAGCAGUUCAGGGAGUGGAGUUGGAUACCACUGGAUCUGGUAUGCAGAUUGUGGUGAUUGGAGAAAAUACUCAGGACACAUAAGACAAAUCAAUCCAAGCAGGGUAGGAAAAAGUGGACAACAUGUCAUGAACUUCAUGAUUUGACCCUCAUUGUGAAUUCUAUUUAUUUGCAAAGUUCAUCAACCUCCUGUAGUUUGCAUUGAAUCAAUUCAACAUUUUCAAAAGCAAGACCCCACAGUGCAACAGGAUUACAUUUAUUUUGCUAUGGUAACGACAAUGCAACUCUUGUAAUGUUAUAUAUAUAUAUAUAUA